AUGAAUUAAUAAAGUUUCGUGUAAGUAAAUUAAGAACAUGAUUAAAUAAAAAAAAGAGUCAACUCGCUUAAAUUUUAAUUAAAGGAUAUAGAUUAAAAGAACUUCAUACUCUAAAAUAAAUUAAAAGAUUUGAAACAAUUAUCACCAAAUGCUAGAAAAUCACCAAUUGCUUAAUUAUAAGAAUAAUUGGGAUUAGAUAGAAAAUAAAUAAGGGAAUAAUUUAAACCAAUAGUUGAGAAAGAAGGAAUUUAUGUAAGAAAUGAAAGACUAAAAACAGAAUCAUAAUUAUAAAACUAAAGAAAUAUAGAAAUUUAACAGAAAAAAAAAAGAGUUAAAUAAAUUGAAGAUUAAGAUUCAGAAAUAUUAAAAAGGAAAGCUGAAUAUUAUGAAAAAAAGAUAAAUGAAGUAAGAUAACGAUAAUUAUAAGAAAUGGAAAUGAAUAAAUUAAUAGUUAAUAAGAAAAUAUUUGAUAUCAAUAAUUUAAAGAAAUAAGAAUAAUAAUUAUUAGGAGAAAUCUCUUUGUAUUAUAUAGAGCUUAAUUUAGGGCAAAAUAGAAGGAAUAAUAGUUGAAUAACAGAUUCUGUAAUGUUGUUCUUUCUACUGAUAAUAGCAUUAUGUUACCAACAAUCUAAAAGACAAAUAGUAGAAUGAGUUAAAAAUCUAAUUAUAAAUAAAGACUUGUGUUAGGAAGUCAUUCUGUUUAAAGAUCUGAUAAAUUUUUAGAUAGAUUAUAGAGAAGUGAUACAAAAAAUAAUGAUAAUUCUUUUAUAGAUUAUGAUGAGAAUAGGAGAUUAAGAAUUGAAUAAAGAAAGAGUUCAUAAUCAAUAGAUUAAUUAAAUAUUGGUUGUUAGACAAGUUUUAUAAUGACUGAUGAUAAAAAAUAAGAAAGUGUUCAAUAUUCAGAAAACUUUGAUUCAUAUUGCAGUAAUUAUUAGGAAGAAUCUUCUGAUAAUCUAUAAAAAAAUAAAUCGAAAUAAAAAAGUAAAAAAUGA